AUGAGCAUCCCUGAUCUGAGGAUAGAUCCCUCUGAGGCUCUAGACUUAUGUGCUGCAAUGGUCGAUGUCGUUGUUGGCUCCGAACUUUCGAAAAGAUUCACCGUCCAUGAAGGGCUGUUGAUAUCUGACCUUGGCAAAAGGAAUUUUAAAGAUCUUGUGAUAGAAGAAGAAGAUGGGCAUAAAUGCAUUUUCUUGCAAAGCCACAGCCCAGCGAGCUUCAAGGUAUAUGUCAACUGGUUGUACCGCCGCAGGAUUCCUAUACCAGUCCAGGCUGUCAAGACUUCUUCCGCAAAAACCCGGCGGGAUGGGAUGGAAACAUCAUGCCAAUUUCUUGGACUUACAAAAACACCAAAAAAGGAUCACUACUUAGACAAAAUAUCGCUUGCAUUUAUGCUGGUAGAUGUAUUCGUGCGCUACGGAAGCGGGCAACAGCUCGAAAAGCUGAAGCCGGCGCAAGAUCACCUUCGAGAGUUCCUUGUCAAUCUCGCUCGCGAUCUCGUCACAAAGGAUCUGAGGUCUGGAUCCAGGGAAUACAGAAGUCAGAAAUGGUUCAAUGGUCAGGAGGAACCUUCUCCUCAGUUCCUUUUCGGUGUCGUCCUCGAUCUCUUGCCUGAUUACAAAGUUUUACGGUGA